AUGGCUGGAGGGGUACAGAUGGGUCCCUGCCAGGUCAUCGCGGGGAGCCAAUGUGGAUUCCUGUUGGAUGAGGCGUCUGUUCUGGACUGA